CAAAGCUCUUCACCCACCAAAGCAUCACAUACUCUUUUAACUUCUCUUCUCAUCUUUAUAUUUUUCCUUUUUAACUUUAUCAUUUCGAAAUGGCCACCGAGGAUCAACAAGUGAUUGCUCCAGCAGCAGAGAACGUUGAGGUGCCAACAGAGACGGUGGAGGUGCCAGAAGUGACGGAACAGCCGGAAGAAGUCGUCGCCGCGACAGAGUCUGCUCCAGACGCGGUAACAGAAGAAGAAACCGAAGCACCAGUGGAAGAAACGAGCAGAGAUGUGGUUGUGGAAGAGGCAGAGGAAAAAGAAGAAGAAGCAGAGGAGCCAAAGGUAGAAGAGGAAGAAGAGAAGACAGAGACUCCAGAGGUUGUGGAGGAGCCAAAGGAAGAAGAGAAGGAGGAGGAGACUGAAACUCCAGCUGUUGUGGAGGAGGAGAAGAAGUCUGAGGAAGAGGAAGCUGUGGCUGCUGAGGAAGUCGCCGCCGAGAAGACCGAAGAGUAAAGAGCAAGAAACUAUAUAUGACCUUCUUUGGUCUCAUGAUUUCGUUGUCAUUUUUCAAUUUAUAUUUUAUCAAAAUUUCAUAUGUAUUUUCUAUCGUUUGUUUGGGCUUAUAUAUGAUGAUGUAAUCAGAUAUUUGGUUAUGAUGAAAUCAGAUAUUUGGGUGUUUUGAUGGUUGCUACACAUUGUUUACAUGCUUGGUCGUAGCUAUAAAGUUUACAAACA